AUUCUUUUAAUGCUACAACAAAAAUUUACUUUCUAUUGCAACCAUUCAUUUUUUUUGCCAUAUAACAUUCAUCUUUUUAAAUAAAAAAAUGGGUUUUUUGAUUUAACAAUGCCAUGAAUGUAUCUUCAUCCAGUCAAUCAAUUAGCGGAAAAGUGUCGGUUAAUAAAAAAUCAUCAUCUGCUUGUCAUUCUACUCGACACCUUCAGUAUCCACGAUCCACCCUACCAAGGAAGCAAUACGUAAGAAAAGUCUCUCAACAGUCUGCUUUUACCAGUCAAUGUCACACCAAACCCACAAUGAUUCAAAGAACUUUUUCACCUACUUCUGAGUCCCAAUCUCUCUCUUCUCGAUUGGAUUCAAAAGUAAAAGAAUCUCUUCAAGAUUCAAAUGAACAAUUCGUUCAAACCAUUUUCACAUCUUUAGGUGAAUUAGCCUCUAAACUACAAAAAUUAAAUGAGCAUUUAGUUUUGGCUGAGUGCACUUUAAAAACAAGCAAGCGUUUAGAGAAAGCUUUAUCUGAUCGUCUUGUUGAUUCGCAAAGAUGGGAAUCCGCCCAUUUAGCACUCAUAAAAGAAAAAGCGAAAGAAACAAGUACAUUACAACAAUCAUAUGAUACGCUAGAAAAAGAAAACUGUAUAACGUCGCGUACAAUUAUGGAAAGAAAUCAUGAAAUAUGGGAAGCGCAACAACGCUUAUUCCAGUAUGAAAAACAUGUGAAACAAGCUCAAUCAAGUGAAUCGGAAGCAAAAGAAGUUCUUCCUGUUUUGCGACUUUCUUGUUCGAACGCUGUGGAGAGCGUUACAACCUUAGAGAAUUCUUUAAAGGAAGAGCUUCAAGCACAAGCGCACAUUGAAACAAGGCUUAAUUUAGCUGCAAAAGAUAUUUUCUGGAUAUGUCGUCUACAAGAUAUUCGCGGGUCUAUCAAUCAAUCUCUUCGCGUUCAACUAGUACCCCCGGGUAAUUCGUUACCUUUGCAUGAAGAUAAAACAAAUCAAAUAGUGGAAAAUUCGAAAAGUCAACAGUGCCUUGAUACAUCUCACAUAAUUUCUUUAGUUUCAACAACGACUUUAUCAAACAAACGAUGCAGUCCGAAUCCUACCACAGGUUCUUCAUGGAAUCCUUUCAGAGAAAAAAUUUUGCUGGUUUCUGGAGUACCAGUUUUUUGGUUAAAAUUAGAAAAAAAUAUUAAACAAAAAGAGCCAUCGGCAAUCGCAACCUUAGAAAACUGCAGUUUCAAACCAGGGGUGGCAGUCCCCUAUGAUCGAGUUAUAGAAAGUGAUCCCGCUAAGAGGCCGCAUGAAUUGCUUUUAACAGACUGGAAACACCUAGAUGUUCCUUUAUCCACUAACUACGAAGAACACGCUAGUUUGAAUAACGCUCCAUGCAUUUACCCUUCUUUAAAUGAACAUGAGCAAAUCACCUCACUAGUGUCAAAUUUAAUUGAAGAAUUUUUGAACCCUAUUAUUGAUCAUACUUGGGCGAAACCACUGGUGACUGGUAUUUUAUGUUUAGGCUCAAAAGAUACCUGUAACCAUGAAACAUUACACGGGAACACAAAACCUUCUUGUGUUGUUAAAAAGCCUUUAAUAAAAGCUGCACAUAUUGAAAAAGGGGUCUUUCAUGAAUGCAAUUUAAAAGUUUCAGGUAUUAUUGAAACUGUCAUUAAUUGUAUUUUUCAAGCACGGCAAAAAAGAAAAGAGUAUUCGUCUUUUUUUUCAACAGUAGAUGAUACAAAUUUUUCAGUGGAAGCCGCUAUCAUAGCGGAGCCACAGACAUCACAAAACUCACCUUUUGUGGAGGGAAAGUUGUCAGAUACCGCUCACACGACAAGCGAAACGCACAACACCAUGACUACCAAUAAAUCGGUGCAACUAUCUGAAAAAUCCCUUGAGUUUUUGCGUAGUUUGCAAUCUCAAAGCACACUUCCUGGUAUGGGGCUACAUCGAGACAAUAGAAAAAAUGAUGAUGUAUCUCUUUCUCCAAAGCAUACGGUCAACAUGUUUUUGGAGAAAACUGUGGAUAAAGUUCCACGUCUUAAUUUGUCUUAUACGCAAAAUGAUAGAAAUAUAAAUAGUACGAAACAGUGUUUAACUGUCAGAUCAUGCCAUAGUGCACGAACGUUUCGUACAGCUACUACGCCACCUUCCGUUAUGAAAAGAUGUGGUACCAAUUUGCCUGAGAUAACUCCUAGAGACGUUUAUAUGACUUCUCUUUUAAAUACUUUUAAACCACUCUUUAAAGUAUAUUCGUGCGCAGAAGACCUACUAUCGGAGUACACAGAAAGAGUGAAUGGCGCAAGCGAUCAACUUUCACAAAAGCAUUCACUUGUUAUCUUUCAAAUAAAGUGCAAAGUUUUUAGCACACCAUUAAAAUCUACAGUGGAUGUUACUCUUUGCGUUGUUGCGGGUGGAUUGACAAUAUCUGAUGUGAACAACAUAAGUUUUCAACACAAAGAAAUGAAUUUUUUUUGUGUUGAAGAUAGCAUUUUAGCUGAAUUUCUGACAGAACUACUUCAUUUUCCUAAAGUAGACGGUACCAGCGCAAACGGAUCGUUAGCAAAAUUGAAGAAAACACGAGGAAACGCUUUCAGCACCACUAGCUUUAAUGAUGAUUGCGUAACAGCAGAUGCCGGACUUGCAAAGCAAAUUUCUCUCCUGAAGCUAUUACCAUUACCGCAAUCUAGCAUUGCUAAAGCUUUUCGCUAUCUGUCAUUACUUAUUUUGUCUAACCAGUUAAAACUAUUAAAUUGCGCACAAUUUUUCAAGGAGCAACAUGCUAAAACUGUUGAGUGUAAAGGCGCUUCCAUUGUGAUUCUUUGUAAUACACUUUUUCCGUAUCUUCCUAGUAUUUCUGAUUCUAGUUUAUUCAAUGCCGUGGCUACUAUAAUACAUAUGAGAUCUACUGACCAAAAUAGUUCUUAGUGUUGUAUACAUGAAAUACUUUAAAAAUAGAACCCUAUGCAAAUUAUGAUGUUAAACAUGUUUUGCAAACUAUCACAGUACUAAUGAACCAUUAUAAAUACAACUCUUUUCCCUUGUCAUUCACACGACAUGUAAUUGAAUUCAUGUUGAAUAUUAAGAUUACUUGAUAGUCGAUGCAUUUCAAAAUUCGACUUGCAGAAAGAGAUUCCGCACUCUCAAAGGUUUUGUCACCUAAAAUAGAAUUCGAGCCUACUAUUUAUUAAGCUUCCACUCAUUUUUUACAGUACUAAUAAUGGUAAUAACAAAGAACAUUUCGUAACAAACAUAUAUCAUAUUUUUUUUUUAGAAAACAUAGAUGAAGAAUAUGAAAGGAAGCAAUCUAUAUGAUUUUUGUAUUGAUCACAAGAAGAGUUGUAUUUUUUUUUUACUAAUUUAUGCAAGAUGCUAAGAGUUUCUGAAAAGUCAAAAUUUAACCAAAUUUACAAUCUAGAGAAUUUACUGGUGGAAAUAAAUUAGCUUUAUUAAAAUUCGUAAAUUAUUAUUGUUUAAAAAGCAAUAGUCAUAACUUUCUAAUGUACUUCUCAGCGGAUGAACUAUGCUCUCGAACAUCGCAAACUUAUGUAAAAUAUAUUUAAAAGCUAGUUAUUCAACCUUAAAAUUAUUAAGGUGAUUUCUAGAGCUAUAAAAAGAAAUAAAAAAGUAUUUUAUAUCGUUUAUAAAU